AUGUAUCAUCAAGCAACGAUGGCGCAAUCUCAACCGAUUCUAACCGGUACUUUUGUACCGUCUGGAAUGCCAUCUUCCGGUUCCGUUCCGCAGCUUAGCAACAAUGUGUACGGCACGCAAAUGUCCACAUGUUGUUCAUAUCCGAGCAGUGCUACGGGUGGCUGUGGUGGUAUUGUAACGGGUGAUUGUGCACCGUACGAAAUGAUACCCUCAAUGUCGAACGCACCAAUGCUAGCGAUGAACGGCAGCAUGCAGGAUGCACAUCAGCGAUCUGCUGCAAUGAUGCAACGGCAACAGCAUUGGUCUAGCACACAAGACUUCAUCUAUCAGCAACCUUCACAAACGGCCGUCUUUCAACAGGCAAUGGUCUCAUCAAAUGCUUUGCCAUCACCGUCAAUGAAGACCUCGUCUCCGCUGAAACGGAAACCCGUCUCGGCAAUGUCUCAGUCAAAUGUUAAUAUUCCUACUACGAAUCCAAGUACCACAAAUGAGCUGCCACCAAAAUUCGUACAUGUCAACCAACAAAGCGCUCAUCAGCAACAAUAUCCCACUCUCUAUCAGUUAUCUUCCUCAGCCAAUUCCAGCAAUCAAUCGGCCUCACCUCAGCAAUAUCCACAGCAACAACAACAACAAUCUGCCGUUUCACCGCAGCAGUAUCCAACACAGUCUCCAAACGCCGUCAGUCGCCUCAGUCCUUAUGGAGGUUAUGACGCAUCACAAAACGGGACGUGUUCACUGAACACCAGUGUUGGUGGCACAGGCUCAAUGGGUCCGCCACCAACUCAGUGGAGCAAGCGAGGCGCGGGAGCCGAAAUGAUCCGUAUGGAUAUAAGGCAGCAUUCAGUGCCAGGCGCACUGCCCAACUACAGCUCACCAAUGAUGCCCUCGUCGACCACUCCACCGCAACUGCAAUCUACACCACCCUCAAACCAGCUGCUUCAACAGCACAACGCUUCCUUAUCCAAUACUGGCAAUGCGACCAGCAACGGUAAUCAACCAAUUAUAGUUAUCCAAUCCCAAACACUGGAACAAGUACCGAAUCAACUCUCGAAUGGCUACUACGUUACCUCAUCGUCCCCUCUCACCACGAACCUCUCACCUCAGAACUAUUAUUCAACCGGAAUGCCGACAGCGAUCAAUGAUCCAAUGAACAGUGCUAAUGCUCUAACACAGCAGACGUCGAUGAUUCCCACUGAGCUGUACGACUUCAACCUCGGUAACGGAGGGGUCAGCACUGCUCUUCUUAUUUCUCUCUUUAUUAUUUCGGUUCGGUGA